AUAACUGUAAUCGUAAAUACAAGAAAAUGAAGUUCUUAUAACCAUAUUUUAGAUGGAUUUAUAUACUUUGUAUAUGAAAGCUGCUUGGUCUGCUCUUUAGUUAUUUAUGGUUGAAAAAAAUUCUAGGUAACAUGGCCGGAUUAAAGAAAAGUCUGAAUAUUAUUAAUAAAUAGGUCAUGUACAUUUAAACCAAUCAGUUUCUUUAGAACCCUAUAUAUAUAAAGUUUACAAUAUCAAAGACCCUGGGACGACUGGUGGGUUAUUAUUUAUAUCUGUUUAAUAUCUUAAUGGAAGCCUUUGUUUAUCAUUUUCAACAAUCUAAAUGCAAAAUGUAUCCUUUUAAAUUUUGACCUUGCAAGGAGGCAUAUGUGUUGUUUGUUUGAAUUUGAAUUACAACUCUUCUCCUGUAUUUCAGUUUGUUUAAAAGAAAUGAAUCAACAAGAACUACACAAGAAAAUCAAGGAGUACUUUUAUAAGGGUUUCAACAGCAGACUUAUCCAUUACCUAAUCCAGAGAAACAAUAAUUAUGAUAUAAGUUAUAAUUGCCUAGUUAGAAAACUACUCCCUAGACUUGGUUUGAAAAGGAGGCUUGCGGAUAUUGAUAUAGAUGAAGUAUUUGAAAAGUCACAGAUAGAGAUACAAAAUGGUUGUGCAGGUUCAGAGAACCUAAGAAGAACUCUGAAAAUGAAAUACCAUUUUAAUGUAACCAGAUCCAUUUCAAGAGAAAUAGUAAAAAUUUUGGAUGAAGAUGGAGUCAGAAGAAGGAAACAAAGAAGACUAAGACGAAGGCAGUAUUUCAGCAGGGGUCCAAACUUUGUAUGGCACUUGGAUGGAUAUGAUAAGCUUAAGCCAUUUGGAAUAAGCAUUCAUGGGUGCAUCGAUGGGUUUUCUCGAAGAGUGAUAUGGUUGGAGGCAGAUAUAACCAAUAAACGGCCAGAGGUUGUAGCUGAAUAUUAUCUUAGUGCUGUGCAAUUGCUAAAAGGCUGUCCUCAGAAAAUCCGUGCUGAUCCCGGAACAGAAAAUGGAAUCAUUGCCACAUUUCAUUCCUGUUUGAAAGAAAAUUGCAGUUCGGUUACUUUGGGAACAUCUACAGCAAAUCAGAGGAUUGAGAGGUUCUGGGGUCUUUUGAGACAAAUGAGGGCAGAUUUUUGGAUACAUCAUUUCAAGGAUUUGGUGUAUGAAGAUUUGCUGGUGCUAGGAAAUCCUAUACACAGACUCUGCAUUCAGUAUGUUUACCUCCCACUAAUAAAGAAAGACUUAAAGGAAAUAAUGGAGCAAUGGAAUAACCAUUUGAUUCGGCGACAGAAAUUAGGAGAUACAGUACAAGGCAUUCCAGAUGUGUUGUUUAAAAAUCCAGAGAUUGUUGGUGCUUCACAGUACAUACAUUCAGUUCCUCACAAUACAGUGGCUCGUUUACAGGGACUUGUGUCAAACAACUUCAAACAAAUUGAUGAAGAUUUUGCACAUGUGGCAACAUUAAUUUUGCACCAGCAUGGUCUGCCUCUGCCAGAUGCCCUGGGAGACUGGACCUCUGCUCGUCAACUCUACAUAUUUCUGCAGGAGAGCAUCACACAUUUAAUGAAUCUUAUAUAAUAACGACUUAAUAAGUAAAAGGUGUAAUCACUCAUGGGUGUCAGAUGAUGUUGCUUGUAUUUUCAGCUGAAUUGUAUUAACCAGCUUUACAGUCUUAAAUUUUUAACAAAUCAGAUACAUUUACAUGUAUAUGUACAUGCACGUAUCUACAUUAUUUAGUUUUUAUACCUCUGCUUCAGAAACUGUUUUACCCGUGUGUCCGUCUGUUCGUUCGUACAUGUAAAAACUCACUGUCACAUUUUUUUUCAGCGACUUUUAAAUGCAGAUGCUUCAAAUUGAACACACUCUUUUUUUAGGCAUGCCAUUUUAUUUUCAUACCAAUGGGAUGUCAUCUUCAUUCCUGUUAAAUGAUUUUUUUUUUAGCCCAAGUUUUUAAAUAAAUUUUAGUUAAAGAUUUAAUUCUCAGCAACUGUUAAUCGUAGAUGCUUGAAAUUUUAAAACUCUCUUUGUUUAGACAUGUCAUAUGGUGGAAUGUUUUCGUACCAAUUGGACAUCAACUUCUUGUCAAAUGACCUGUGCUUUUGUUCAUUUUUAGAUUAAAUUUUGAAAUUAUAUUUUUUCAGCAACUAUAAAUUGCAGAUGCUGGAAAGUUUUACUUCUAUUAGUUGAAGAAGGCAAUAUAGUUGGAUUCAUUUUUUCAAAAUUCUCAGUCAACCUCCAGUUAAAUGCUUAUUUUGUAUAUUCACAUCAGUGCAGGGGUAUCACUUGUGAGCAUUGGCUCAUAGAUAUCUUAUAUGUAUGCGUUUUUAAUGGGGAGGGGGAUUGAGAUAUUAUACACCAGCCAUAAAGUUUACCUAUAAUACAUGUAAGCUCUCUCUUUGUAAUGUUAUCAUGGAAUCCCAUUAUGUAAUGAUUAUGUCAAAUGCAUUACAUGUAUUGUGAAAUAAAUUAUAUAAAAGUAAAA